CAGUUGCGCAGUCAACGCCACAUAUAUUGCCCCGUGCUGGAUGUGGAAAAUAUUUGGCCAAGAAUUACGGUGCGCUUCCGAUAGCACUUGUUGUGAAGACGGAUAUAUGAAUUCGACCAGGCACACGGACGUUUCAAUUUUCUCAAUGAGAAAGUAAACCUCCGCUUAGUUCGCGCGGCGAUCCCAUUGCUCGAACGGCACUCCGCCACUCACCUGAUUUUUAGUUUAAAAGGCGCUUGCAGUUAUGAUUCUACACAAAGUAUGAUGCUUCCUCACCUCGAAUCAAUCCCUGUCGAUGUUCUAUCCCAGAUAGCUUUCUUCACUGUUGCUUCCGCACCAUUCACCGGCCUCGGUGCUGUUCUUCAACUACUUUUAUGUAGUCGCAAUCUACAUGACGCCCUCUCUCUGAAAUCUUGCCCCCAGCUUUAUGCGCGGGUGUUUCGUAGUAGAUUUGAUUUAGUCGCUCAUCUCCGUCGCAGCAAACUAGCAUCCCCUACGACUACGAACCUGGCAUUGGAGUUACAGCGUCGAUGUGCAGUACUUCGACGUAUCCGGCAUCGCCAUGUUGCCGAUCACAUCCUUCCCGACCUCUGGAUGAUCUACCUAAUGCUGUUGGAGAGCGAUGGGAUGAACGAAUCUCAACUUCACUCUGCCGGCAUCGCGCAAUAUAUACGUAUGCUGUUGAAACGCCAGCAAGGGGUUCUUCGUGACGACACGGCUCGCGCAUUAGCUAUAUCUGUCGCAUGUUUGGUUUGGUCUCACAAGUUUAUUACCGAUAUGCCGUCGGAGGAACGCAGUCAAACCCUUUCGGAACUAAGGCCUUUUGUCACAGGGUCGUCAAAUAAUGUUCUUUCGUUCAAUGUGAACAGCGGGAUGAGACGAUGCUCUUUAUCAUUUGACGGGUUCGAUAACCGAGCACCAGAAAUGAUCCCCGGCGCUUGCGUUGAAAAUAAGUACCGGGCACUCGACUCCUCCAUCUACACUAGGGAAUACACGUUAACCGCUCCCAGCCUUCUUUCUGCUUCAAUUUUCCUAACUUUCGCACUGAAGGAGGCGAUUGCUCUCCAAGUGCCUAAACAUUUGCCGCAAACUCAAGUGGUCGCGCGCCCCACGGAACACGAUGGACCUACUAUAGAAGACUUCUUUGCCAUCACAAGAAGAAGGACGCCCCUUGUCGCUGAUUCGGGUCAUCAAAACCCCUCCCGUGAACCCUUCGCGGAUCGUACAGGAAGGAAGAUGCGGGCAUCAAGAAGUCUCGCUCAUGAUGAAGAGUUCUAUCGUAUUGCCCAUCGCCUGGGCUUACCGGAUGACACUUGGGAACUUCGGUCGUGCAUUGGGUUACUAAGUGGAACUUGGGAAGGUACAUACAUGCGAUGGUCAAUGGCUUCAAGCACUCGACUAAAACCUCCACAGACAUCACCGACAUCGUUCUGUCAAUGUCCUUCCCAGAAAUCGGAUCCCACGGUUUCGCCAGAUUUCGUGUCCAGACAUCCUAUCCAAUGCCGGCUUGAGGAACACAUCUGCUUCACACCAUGCAUGCCAUUGGCCAGUGUUCCGCGGAAUGGCGAUUUCGGAGAGUCAGCGUUCAAACAUUUAUUCAUGAAUGAUUGCGAAGGAGUCACUACAGCAAAUGAAUUUUCGGACGCCACAGGAACAUCGAAACAUCGAUAUGAACUUUUUCGCCCAACCGAUACCUCCGAGAACUACAGGGACCCACGGCAUGCCCUGGAUGUCGUGAUUACUGGCGAAACUCCACGCAGGUUGGAAGCCACCUGGGGUGCAUUUAUCUUCUUUGGAAGGAUCCGCUUAUCUGACGGACUUGUCACUCUGACGAGAAAACCAAAAUACUCGGGUGACGAAGGACGUGGGACAUGGAUCUUUGAAGGUUACAUCCAUAACAGACGUUCCUUUGUCGGACGUUGGAGGUCUUUUGGUGUGUCUGAACGUGAGAGCUUACGGGGCAUUUUCAGCCUGACCAAGGUAGAUGAUCCGCCUUCCCAUCUUUACUCUAGCCUGUAGGCGAGACUUUUUUACAAAAUACAUUGUAAUUCUUAU